AUGAGACAGGAUUUUCUAGCUAACAUUUUACCGUCAAUCUAUAGCGGUACUGGUUACUCAAAGCUAGGUUUCGCCGGAAACGACUCGCCCUCAUUCGUCUUUCCAACUGCAAUUGCUACGAAGGCUGGUGCUGGAAGCGCCGGGGCCGGUGCGCGACCUGCCGUUGCGAACAAACCAUCCUUCUUAGCUUCCGGGGGAGGUGCAGGUGGUCAUUUGUCCGCGAAGCGUGGCACAGAAGAUCUGGACUUCUUCAUCGGUGAUGAAGCUCUGUCAGCUGCUAGUGGCCCUGGAUAUGGAAUCAACUACCCCAUUCGUCAUGGACAGAUCGAAAAUUGGGAUCAAAUGGAGCGAUUCUGGUCGAACUCAAUCUUCAAAUACCUCCGCGUCGAGCCCGAGGAUCACUACUUCCUCCUCACCGAACCUCCGCUCAACCCCCCGGAAAACCGCGAAAAUACUGCCGAAAUCAUGUUCGAGUCUUUCAACUGCGCUGGUCUAUACAUUGCCGUCCAGGCUGUGCUCGCCCUGGCAGCUUCUUGGACCUCCUCUAAAGUGACUGAUCGAUCUCUUACCGGAACAGUGAUUGACUCAGGUGAUGGUGUCACCCACGUUAUUCCCGUUGCAGAAGGCUACGUCAUCGGAUCUUCUAUCAAGAGUAUUCCCGUUGCCGGUCGAGACAUUACCUACUUCGUACAAAGCUUGCUGCGAGACCGAGGCGAGCCCGAUAGCAGCCUGAAGACGGCCGAGAAGGUGAAGGAGGAAUACUGUUACGUAUCGCCUGAUAUCGUCAAGGAGUUUGCUCGUUACGAUCGCGAACCGGACCGUUUCCUGAAGCAUACUGUGACCGCACCCAACGGGCGUAGUGUUAGCAUUGACGUCGGAUAUGAGCGGUUCCUUGCUCCUGAGAUCUUUUUCAACCCCGAAAUCUACUCCUCCGACUUCCUGACUCCUCUCCCCAAUGUUGUGGAUGGUGUUAUUCAGUCUUCGCCAAUCGAUGUCCGAAGAGGACUGUACAAGAAUAUUGUGCUAUCUGGAGGAUCUACCCUCUACAAAGACUUUGGCCGUCGCUUGCAACGUGAUAUUCGACACCUUGUUGACGCACGUCUUCGUGCAUCGGAAGCCCGCAGCGGAGGAGCACGAAGUGGUGGUUUAGACGUUGCAGUCGUGACACAUAAGAGACAGAGACAUGGUCCGUGGUUUGGAGGCAGUCUGCUGGGUCAGACUCCGGAAUUCCGCAGCUACUGCCACACUAAGGCAGAAUACGACGAAAUUGGCCCUAGCAUUGUUCGGAGGUUCGCCCUCCUUGGUGGCCCUGGUACUUAG